AUGGCCAUGGAGUGUCGACUACCGCACGCCCCACUGUCUGAGCGCAAGCGCAAAGCACCGGGCACGGUGCGCGAAAUACAUGGCGUGCUCGUGGCCAAUAAGCGUGUGCAUCUCUAUGGUCCGCGCUUUGCGGACCUGGGAGUGCACCACAACAUCCGCACUCUCUUGGCAGACAUGGCUCCGGUCCAGGUAGCAUCGUCCUCUGAUGAGGAGACGAUCGGCGUGGACGCCAAAACUGCAACCGACACCGCCCCACGGUCUCUGGCUCAGGAGACUGUGGACGUGUUGGAACCGCCGGAAACAGAUCUGCAACGCCGACUGGCUUGCGAUGGCCAGAUGGCCAGCAGCAUCAUCCACAUGUGGCAAGCCCUGCGGGUGGCGCAGACCAUGCUCGUCCCUGCGAGGGCCUGCCUCCGGCGCGCAGCACAAUCCAACGCGGAGGGGGUGGAGGACUUUACAUUCGACUCGUCGGAUGUAGCCCGCGUGCACGACAAGACCCCUUGCGGCUCGACGCAUGGCCGCGCAGCCAUGCCGGGACGGAAGAGGAAAGAUCCAGACACCACGGAUGCGUUCUGGGACGCCCUGCGCGGGACUCAUUCCAGUGUACGCGACGCGGUGCGCAUCUGGAACUCUGCCGUAGCGCAGGGAAGUGAAAUCAGUCGAUGGCAAGGGUCGACAGCGGUGCGUGACCGCAAAGCUCGAUUCCAAGCCUGCUUUGACCUACACUGGCUCCCUAGUGCGAAAGCAGGUGAGCCCGCAGAACCCUUGUAUGUGGCAAACUUGGAGCGUCUGCUGCAGGCACUUGUCUCAACGUACCCAGCUUGGGCUUCAGCUGUCUGGGAGGCGGCGGGCGCUCAGAGCGGCCGCGCGCAGGCCAUUCUAUACAACGAUGAAGUCACGGGAGGCAAUAUAUUGGCUCCUGUGAAAAAGAAAAAACCUCUCUGUGUCUAUUGCACAUUCAGAGAAAUGCACCGAACCGUGUCAUGCCCGGAGGCGUGGUUUGUGCUGGGCUGUGUUCAGCGUACGCAGGUGGACCGCAUUGAAGGUGGGACGUCUGGCAUCAUGCGAUGCGUGGUCAACGCUUUGCACGCGGACAGACACGAGGCGGGCUUCACUAUCCACUGUGGCGCACACGGCGACACCCAGCUGCGCCUGCACAGCAAGUCCUUCUUCGUGGCGGACCAUGACGCCCAGCGUGCGACGUAUGGCAUCAAGGGCAGCGCUGGCUUGCUCCCGCGCGGUGCAUGCAGCAACGUCCUCAGUCGCCAGGCCACGAGCAUACCUCCAGGCUUCUGCACUAUUGCCGAACCCGAUUUGGCAACUUUCCACCCGAGAACGGACGCCGCGUAUGCUGCGGCGGUGCACUCCUUGCAGGAACCCUUGACGAAAGUUGCACUGAAGGAGAGAGAAAAAGCAACUGGCGUCCGCCUGCUACCGGGAGGAUUGCUGUUUUGCCCUCGAGCACGCGCCCGUCUACCCUUUAGUUCUUCUUGCACCGAUGUCAUGCACGACUACUUUGCCAACGGCAUCUGUAGCAGCGAGAUUGGUCUUAUACUGGAAGAGUUGGAAGUCCGCGGCGUGAGUCUAGCAGACCUCCAGCAAGUCUGCGACGUAUCGUCCUGGCACGCACAGGGCCAAGGUCGUACCCUGCGACCUGGAUAUUUGCGUGGACUGUUGCACGAAAAGAUGCACGAAGCUGGGACGGGGUUCAAGGGCGACGCCAGCGACUGCAUGUUGCUGUUGCAUGUUCUGCACUACUAUGUGGAUAGAUUAUUGAUACAGCAGGGCUUCGCGGGGGAGAAAACGAAGUCAUACCGAGCCUUAGUCGAAGUAGACCGGGAGAUUCACCGCUUGAGGAGUCGAGUUGAUUUGAUUUCUUCCGCUUUGGACGUGCUUCCAUUGGCCCGGAAACAAGAGGCGCACCACCGCGCAUUUGUGGAGGCAUAUGGUGCGGAGAAGGUCCGCCCGAAGCACCAUCAUCGGCUGCAUCUACCAGCGGAUAUCUUGAAGCUAGGCUUCGUGCCUGAUUGCUCUGCCAUGGAGAAGAAGCACCAGGCGCUCAAGUCGGGCGGCAUCUUGGACAAACACAGAGCAUGGGUUAACGUCGGAAAAGUGUGGCAGGAGCAAACGCUGGGCGCGUUGUGUCUCGUGGGCGACGCGGACGCAACUUCAUGGAACUGCAAGUUACUGCAGGAGGUUCGCCCUGCGUCGUCAGAGUCGCAGCGGCUCUUUCGCGAUCAGUCGCUGGAACGUUCCCUAUCUGCCCGCAGCGCGUUGGGUACUUUGUUUGUGGGAGACCACGUCAUCUGGCGCUGGGAAGGAGACGGUGGAGGCAUGAUCCGAGACUUGGUGCAAUCCAAACAGACAACCCUCCGCGUGAGGGUGACUCGCACGCAGAUCGUGUCCCGAGAACCGUGGGGCUCCGUCUGGGAUCUGACAUCCAGGGACACGUGGCACCGCAUAGACGAGGAAUUGGCGCAAGGUGCUGGGAUCGUUCAGUGCCGUGGUGUGGUGCUGUGCGUCAACGACCGUGUUGGGUUACCGAGACCACUGGAUGUGCCUGGGAAAGAGAGCUUCCAGGGUGUGGUAGCUGAUGGCACAUCAGAUUCACUGGCAGGCGUAGAUUGGUGUGGCAAGCGAGUCGUCAUUGCUGGAAUGGGCGCAUUUGCUGUGGAGAAUGUGCGUACGGCCUUAGAAAGAGGCGCAGCAGAGGUCGUCGUGGUGGCCCGUCGUCAUGGCACCAUUUGUCCCAAGGCCAUUGACUACUUGAACUUUGUGAAACCAUGGGAUGAGAAGUAUAAGCAUGACACGCAGACCAAUGUGAAACAGUUCUUGCGGUGGAAGCAGCUCUACGAAGCAUCUGGCUGUCAAGUGCCUGAAUGUUGGCCCAAGCAGGUGAAACAUGACGGCCACACCAUUUCAGUGAGCGACAUUUGGUUCAUUGCCCAUCACAUGAAGAAGCUGACCACCAAGACAGGUACGAUCGAUCGCAUUGAGAAAGAGGGCGUGGUGUUGUCGAAUGGAGACUUCAUGGCAUGUGACGUGGUGGUGGGCUGUAUUGGCUUCGAACGAUCCAACACACUGUGCGAAUGGCUCACAGGGCGCAAGGAGGUGAAGACCACAAACUAUUUGGAUCAGCACAUGAUGUACUUGGCCGAUGCAGAGAUCGAUGAAGGUGCUUUCAACUCUUUCUUCGGCUCUUCGGUCUUGGAGUAUGGCAAGUUCUUCACCAAUGUCUUUGUGGAGGGCCUCAAGCGGCCAGACGUGUUGGCUCAGCAGCUUUGGGGAGAGCACACAACAUCGGUGCCUAUUUCACAGAGGAAGUGGAAUCAAUACAUUGCUUCUGCCAUGAAACUCAUUGACGCAGAUGAUCAGAUUGCUCAACAUGCUCAACAACAGGUCGACAUGCGCACGAAGCAUUUCUACCGCACAAUGCCUCCCGAGAGUUUUGUGGCCGUGAACCGCCGGGAAUGGGAGGAGUUGCAUCAACGACUUAACGGAGAGCCUGUGCCGAAGGAGCAGCAACUGCCCUAUCUCUUCGAUGAGAUCCCUGCUUGGUGUUGAGCGUGACUUGCACACGUUCGCUCACAAUUUCCUAGUUGUUCGCUCGGUGUUCGCUCGGCAAAUCCUGCACAGAUCCGAUGGGGUCAUGUCCAUGUCCGUGGGACAUACCGGUUACAUGAUGGGUGCAAGGACACCUUCCAUGGCUGUGGCUUUUCACGGGUAGACGGCCCUGAUGCAUGAACAUGCAUUCGGAUCACCAUGCAUCAUUUUGCAUGAAGUUUUGCAUGAGUGAUCGGAAUGUGAUGAAUUUGUGAAGUUUUGGAGUUGCAGAACGCACAGAUUCUGGAACUGAUCUUCUGCGUCUUAAUCUCGGUUUCCGACGCAGUCGUUGGACCAUCUUCAUCCUGACGUACAGAUUUGAUCUGGCUAGAUGGUCUGAGAGAGCAGUUGCUAUAUUCUGCUGUUGAAAAAGUUGUUGGACAAGCUGCACGGCAACGGUUCCGGCCACACACCCAUUGACACAGAGAUUCCCAACCUGCAUAGAAGGAUGAUAACGAAUAUUACAGAGACCAC